CGUCCCUUCCGCCUCUUUUCGUCCGGGCUGGCGUGGUUUCCUUCCGGGCUUGCUGAAGAAAAGUUGCGGGGAGGUUUGAGACGACCGGGGCUUUCGACAGAAUGGACAGCCAGGGACGGAAAGUGGUGGUGUGUGACAACGGCACCGGGUUUGUCAAGUGUGGCUAUGCUGGCUCCAACUUUCCAGAGCACAUCUUUCCCGCCUUGGUGGGCAGGCCCAUCAUCCGGUCCACGGCCAAAGUGGGAAACAUUGAGAUCAAGGAUUUGAUGGUGGGGGAUGAGGCCAGCGAGCUGCGCUCCAUGCUGGAGGUCAACUACCCCAUGGAGAAUGGCAUUGUGCGCAACUGGGACGACAUGAAGCACUUGUGGGACUAUACGUUUGGCCCCGAGAAGCUCAACAUCGACUCGCGCAACUGCAAGAUUUUGCUCACCGAGCCCCCCAUGAAUCCCAUCAAGAACCGGGAGAAGAUCAUCGAGGUGAUGUUUGAGACAUACCAGUUUUCAGGAGUCUACAUAGCCAUUCAAGCCGUGCUGACGCUGUACGCUCAAGGCCUUCUGACCGGCGUGGUGGUGGACUCUGGCGAUGGCGUGACGCACAUCUGUCCCGUCUACGAAGGAUUCAGCCUGCCCCACCUGACCAGACGCCUGGACAUCGCCGGGCGGGACAUCACCCGUUACCUCAUCAAGUUGCUGCUCCUGCGAGGAUACGCCUUCAACCACUCGGCCGACUUCGAGACGGUGCGCAUGAUGAAGGAGAAGCUGUGCUACGUGGGCUACAACAUAGAGCAAGAGCAGAAGCUGGCGCUGGAGACCACCGUGUUGGUGGAAUCCUACACGCUGCCAGAUGGCCGUGUGAUCAAGGUGGGCGGCGAGCGCUUCGAGGCGCCCGAGGCCCUCUUCCAGCCGCACCUCAUCAACGUGGAGGGCGUGGGCGUGGCCGAGCUGCUCUUCAACACCAUCCAGGCAGCUGACAUCGACACCAGGCCCGAGUUCUACAAACACAUUGUACUGUCGGGGGGAUCCACCAUGUACCCGGGGCUGCCCUCGCGACUGGAGAGGGAGCUCAAGCAGCUGUACCUGGAGCGUGUGCUCAAGGGGGAUGUGGACAAGCUAUCGAAAUUCAAGAUCCGCAUCGAGGACCCUCCCAGGCGGAAGCACAUGGUCUUCCUUGGCGGGGCGGUACUCGCCGACAUCAUGAAGGACAAGGACAACUUCUGGCUCACCCGCGAGGAGUACCAGGAGAAGGGGGUGCGCGUUCUGCAAAAGCUGGGUGUCACCGUCAGAUAAAAAAAAAAAAAAAACACAACAUCCUCCACACACACACACACACACACACACACACACACACACACACACACAGGAAAACAUACACACAAAAAAUAUAUCUAUUUAUCCUUCUUCUCUUUCCCACUGUCGCCUUUCCCCUUUCCCGCUUUAAUCUUUCCUAGCAAACGGUUCCAUCUUUUUUGCACAAUUCCCAUAUAGCGUUUAAAAAAAAAAGGUUGAUGUCACCGUCAAUUUACCGAGAAAGUCGGGGACAUCUUGAAGGGAAGCCUACAAGUUUUUUGAUAUCACAAUCAGGGUCCACCCAGCAUUUUUUUCCCUGCAACUAAUCACAUUUUUUAUGAGCAAUUUGUUGGGUUUUUUUUUCUUUCCGGGGAGAGGGAUGACUUUACUUUCUGUCAUUGCGUUUUUGCCGUUUUUUUUUUUUACCCUCUCCUUUGUUGCAGUGCACUACUACCAUUGUAAAUUGAGUGUAACCCUGGUAACAGAAGUUUGGUUUUAAUGAAGUUGAACUCUCGUCAAAGCAGCGUUUUCCCCCCCAAGUUUGGGUGUCCUUCCUCGGAACGGUGGCGAUGAAACCCAAAUUUGUACACAAGUCAGAACGCACCCGUUGUCAUUCCAAAAAGUAUCUUGACGUCAAACACUUGUCAACCAUAUUGUAAAACAAUGAAAUACUAAAUAUGUCGUAUUGGAUUAGUUCAUCUGCAGUCAUUGAUAACUUUGAAACAUCCUGUGUCGGACGCUCAUAUAUUGAGAAAGCCAAUUCACAAUUUUAUAGAUAAUUUAUGAAUAACAGCAACAAAAACAGCAAUAAUACUACGACUCCUACUAAUUAUUAUUAUAAAUGAAAACUAAACCUAUUGUCAGUCAUUUGUUCAAAGCCCGUGCUUGUCGAGACUUGGUGAACGAAAACAACAUCCUGAGAGUCUCAGCUUGUCGAGAAAGCAAAUCAAAUUUGAGGAACUGUGGUCUUAAAAACAAACAAACAAAAAAAAACAUACGUACAUGUUAAUGGAUCCCCAGAAGAGACGUUCUCGACAUACAAGGCUUCGAGGUUACGCCUGUGCAACAAGCUAGUGGUGAGCAGCCGUAUUCAACGCAAUACGUAUUGUUAAGCUAUGCUAGUGCAAUUUUACAGUUGUAAAGACAGUAUUUGUAUAAAUACGCUUCGAGACCAUAAAUAUCACAUCAAAAACAAAGUAUGUCGUAUUCAAGUAGUUCAUUGUGCAGUCAUUCGUCAUCUCGAAACAACAUUUACAGAGGACAUUGUGUAAUUUGUAGUUUUAUCGCUAACUUAGCCAUCGAUUUCAACCAUUUAACGACAGUCCCGAUAUACCACAUUUCGAGGUUAUGAAUCAAUCUGUAGCGAGCUAGUAGCGACCAACCAAAUUUGACAAAACCCGAAUUUGUAGGAACGUGCUGUAUUCUUUUGCUCUGUUAUGCGAAUGCUAAUUCUAGUUGUAAUUACGGUAAAUAUUUGUACAAAAGUCGAGAGAGCCCAAACAAUAUAUAAUCGUAUUCUUACCCUGCUGUGCUAACAAAUCCAUUAACCUACCAUUUGAAACAUCUUAAAUCAGUACAGUUGUAAACAUAGAACCCUCUGUACAUUUUUGUGAGCCGGCCUGCUCGAAACAUGUCUUGUGUUUAUUUCUGCCAUUGAAACGGGGCGUUAUGUUGUAGUCGGACAAUAAGCAGAGCUGCGGUGUUGUUGGAUGCACAGCUUAGUCACAUAAACGCUACGGCGAGCCCUCGGUUUACAUUACCUGAAGUGGUUUGCAAACCAGGACAUGGAGUUGUCUAUUAUAGGAACAGGAAGUACGGUUGUGACUGAGCGUAACGGCGGCUAACUAGCUCCUUCUUCCGUCGUUCGAAACGUUGCAUGUCUGGAGCGCCGUAAACAGAGUAUCAAGUUUGCAAAUGUAUUCCCAAAAGUGACCCCGAAAUGGUGUGGCACUGGCUCCUUCAUAAAAAUGUACGACCCCAUGAAAAAAAGUUGCGUUCCGGGAAACUCUGUCUUAAAGGAGCUCACACACAAAAUGAAAGACAACAAAGAAGCUUGCUUUGACUUAUUUUGUGUGAUGGUACUUUUCAGCGUGAGGGGGUGUUAAAUAUGCCUUAGUGUUGAUCAAAAAGGCCUGGUGUUGUAUAUUUCCUCAAAACAUUGAAGGUUUAAAUGAAAAAGGCUUUCUUUUUUUUUUUUUUUUCUUUCUUUCUUCGAGUCCCCUGGCGUGACCUAGAGGCACUUGACCAUGCUAUUUUUUUUUUUAUAAUGAUUUUUGGAUUGUAUAUUUUCUUUUCCUCCUUUUCCGUGGAUGUCUUAUCCAGUGCCAAGUGCAGUUCAUGUUUGAUUGUACGUCUAUGCUCGAAUUUUUUUUUUCUUUUCUUUUGUCGCCACCAUUUUGUUUGGACACUGUUGUUGUUCAUAGCAUAACUGCCUAACGCUGAUUUAAAUAAAGAAAAGUGAUUUAUAA